ACUUGCGAGCUACUAUCAUGUGAUUGCUCGUCCAACGAGCUGCUGUUGACAGUAGCUGUGCUACCCCUUUUUGAUGAAGCAUUAAUUUAAACCAACAGGAGAACAUUCGUAUGAUAGUUGGAGAAGAUAAUUAGGCCCGUUUGUGACGGAGCAGAGGGAAGCGGGGUUGCGUCGUGUCGCCCCUCGGACGCGGACAUGGGUUGCUGUUACAGCAACGAGAGCGAGACCACAGAGCAGGACCCUGAUGAACGUAAGCCACUGAUCCCCCACCCGAACCCUGUCAGCAAACCCCCAAAUGGGACUGACUGGAUCACUACUAGUGUCCCCUCAGCGAGGACGGACGAACAGGCCCUCCUCACAUCCAUCCUCACCAAGACAGCACAGAAUAUCAUUGAUGUGUCAGCAGCUGACUCUGUCAUGAUGGAGCAGCACGAGUACAUGGACAAAGCUCGGCAAUACAGCACAAAGCUGGCCGUGUUGAGCAACACUCUGCCCCAGAAGAAAUCCCUCGCGCUCCCCUCGCUCACCAGCCAGCCCCACCAAGUGCUUGCGAGUGACCAGGUGCCAUACUCAGAUGUCCAGCAGGUAGCCAAGAUAGCAGCUUAUGCUCACAGUGCAAUUUCUCAAAUCAAAGUGGAUGCUAAAGAAGAACUAGUGGUCCAGUUUGCCAUUCCCUGAUUCUGCGACCCCUGACGCACACACUGUUCGUCCCAUCCCGCUCUCUCUGUGUCACUUCUGCAUCCUCGCCCUCCAGCCCAUCCUUUCAUUAAAGCCUCUUGGUUCUUGUGCUCCCUAGCUAUGCCUCCAACUGCUAUAAAGACAAGGACAAUGUAGGAUUGCACCCUACCGCUGUCUUCUAGUAUGCUUUAUGUGCGUUACAAGUUGUCAGCAUGGCCGAUGGAAGAUGGUCGACUGUAGCUGGGCCAUGCGUGCGUGCGUGUGUGUGUGUGUAUGCUCUCAUAUUUACAACAACAAGGCCUCCCCUGUAAGUGGAUCACAGACUUUGUCAGAACCAGCCGUGGAAAAAUCAUCUUUCAUCUUUCUUGGUAAAUUGCUCUUUAAAACGGUUUCCGGGCCGUCUCAGUAUCUAUAUCCUGUUAGUUUCCUCAGCCUUUAUACUCAGUCAGGCAAGGGUAGCUUAGCACCCCAGACUGUGAUGGCAUUGAAAAACACACCGUUUUCUUCUCGUGGAGAAGAGCUGUAUGAUGUUUGAUGCAUCAUACAGCUUCACUAUAGUCACUGAAAAAGGAGAAAUUGGGAAUAUCUGUGGCAUGGAACAAGGACCAUAGAUGAAAGGGCAAUGGUUUGGUGUAUUGACCAUUUACUAGAAUGAAAAUGUCUAGUUCAAAUGUCUUGAACUCUGUUCUUCUGUCCUUUUAAAACAAUUUGGAAAAAGGCUGCCAGAAAAGUGACUGUUUAGAAUGUUUUAAUGCACUAGUUCAGAUGUGUGCGGGUGAUAGUUGACCAUCAAACAUCCCACUGUCAUCUGGUGUCACCUCGCACUGAGAUUCACAUCCUGAUACAACCUGAACACAAAACAGUAAACUAACCUGACAUUGCACUGUAGUAAUGUUUAAAAUCUGACCGUGGUUAUUAGCUGCCUGGUGUGUAGUCUGUAAUUCCAGAUGAAAUCUAAAGGUAAAUCAUGAGUUAGCUGAGUGAGGAUGCAAACACAAGCAGGAGGGUGCUGGGGAGAUGGAGAUGGAGCUGUCUCGGGUCACAAGCUGUCGGGUUUUACAGACAUGUGUUUUCUAUCACUAAACAAAAAUGAGCAGGCAGACUUGAAAUAACUCAAUAUUUAAUAGCAGUGGAGGCAGACAGACAGACGGAGGGGGUUGAUGUGUGAAGGGUGCAGUGACCGAUAUUGUAUGUAUUCAUGCCGCCUUUGUACAGAAUAUUCUGAUGGACUAUAAAAACAUGAUGGCUUGUAUGAUGUUCCUCUUUUAGUAGAGUUGAUUGUCAGGAAUUGGCGAAGAUCUUUUGGCGGUAAAUAAAUGUUUUUAUCAAACGCAAGAAACCUUUUAAGGACUGCAUCUGUUGGCUUUUAAACGAAGCUUUCUGCUGCAGAUUGUAAUAUGAUUGAGUUAUUCCUUUUAAUCAGAAACUAACCAUUGUUGCAGUGUGGGUGAGCUCUUAACAAUAUAUGUACCACGGCAGAUAAAAUUAUCGGAGACCUUUUUGUGAUUAUUUAUUUGUGUGUUGACUCUGGUGAGCCGCUCUGGAGCCUCUAAAGGGAUGAGCUGCAAGGCCGUGAUCAAUCAAGCACACGGUCCAUUUGAGCUUUUUGCAAAGGGUACUCUGCAUUUCUUUUAGAUGUGUAAUAUCUUUAGGCUAGUACCAAAAAGUUUUAAGAUUUCUGUUUUGUUUUGUUUUAAUUCAUUAAAGUUUUUCAACAUAA